AUGGCGACUAAACACUUCCGGCCCCUGCCAUCGGGCCCCGUUCAUUUAUUAACUGUCAACUUCCGGUUGAUCCUUCUUUUCGGCAACGGCUACAAACUCGCCAACAUGCCACUCGCAAAGGACCUGUUACACCCAACCUCUGAGGAGGAAAAGAGAAGUCACAAGAAGAAGCGUCUUGUACAGAGCCCUAACUCGUAUUUUAUGGAUGUCAAAUGUCCAGGAUGCUAUAAGAUCACGACAGUGUUCAGUCACGCCCAGACGGUCGUGCUGUGUGUCGGAUGCUCCACAGUCCUGUGUCAACCUACAGGGGGUAAAGCACGCCUCACAGAAGGUACUAUACUACACACACUCCCAGCCUUCCACACAGAGAUGCUCAUUCAGGAGAAAACAGCACUAGACUCUCAGCAAUGGAGAUUGUUGGACCGAGAGACCCAAGGGAGGAGAGACGGGAUUGACCCCAGUGACCCUGCUCAGGAAGUGACAACGCGAGAGGAAAAGUAG